UACUAUAAAUAGUUGAACGGUUCGAUUUUUACAAAUACAUUUAUUUAUUUAUUCGAGUAAGGGUACAAAAUGACGUAACACGAAUUCGAAUGACAAUCGGUUGGUAAUAAAAUUGCUAAGUGCUGUAUUUGGGUACUUAUAAGAUAUUCCGAAAGUUUGGCUUAUUAAUUUAACCACUGUGAACUUGAACCUUAUCAGCCACUUUACACUAACGGCAUAAUAAUGAUUAAGGAUUAGGAUUUAGUUAAGUGGAAACCCAAAACCACUCAGUGCUCAGUUGCUCAGUUGCUUGAUGGAACGCGACGUGCUCACACCGAAAACUAGAACUCUACUCUGAUAACGAAGGCCUGAGAAUAACCGCCAAGUUGUUUUGACCUCAUAUAGAGAAAGAUAAGACAUUAUUGGCUUGCAGGUGAACAUGACUGCCAACGGGAAUGGAACUGCUCAGGUUUUGGGAGUAGGCAUCGAAAUCGUGGCGCAACAGAAGCUUCAGCCGGAAUCCAAGAUUUAUGGGCGCGUGCAACAACUACGCGCGUUUUUUAAACAGCAGUUUGGGGAGGAUCCAGAAUUUAUCGUUCGAGUUCCUGGCAGAGUGAACAUCAUAGGUGAGCAUGUAGACUACUGUGGCUAUUCGGUAUUGCCAAUGGCUGUUAGCCAGAGUAUCUUUUUGGCCGUGUCCAAAAAUCCAGAUGACAACCAACUGCAGCUUCGGAAUCUGGAGGAGACCAAGUUCCAGGGCUAUGAUGCAGACCUUAAAACGCUCAAAAUUGAACUACCAAAAAGUGGAGGACCAGCGUGGUACAAUUACUUCCUUUGCGGGAUCAAGGGCAUUCAGGAGAAUCUCGGCAGUCAGUGGAAACCAAUAGGAAUGCGCAUAGCUGUGGACGGCAAUGUGCCCUUGGCUGCAGGGCUUUCCAGUUCGAGUGCCAUGGUCAGCUCUGCUGUCUUGGCCACCGCCCACGUCCAGGGCAAGAAGUUGGAUCGCAGGGAGUUGGCUUCGAUAUCAGCGAAGUGUGAGCAAUAUAUUGGUACUCACAGCGGUGGUAUGGACCAGGCCAUAGCCUACUUGGGAAGAAUAGGCUGCGCGCACCACAUAGAAUUUCAUCCCAAGCUCAAGGGUACUCCGGUGACAUUGCCUGCGGGCAAGUGCUUCGUUGUGGCCAAUAGUUUGGCGCAAAAAAAUAAGGCAGCUUCGUCUGACUACAAUGAACGUGUGGUGGAAUGCCGACUUGCCACUCGAUGGUUGGCCAAACGUAAGGGUCUUAUCAACUGGCAGGACAUUUUACGCUUCAUAGAUCUGGAAGAGGCCUGCCAAAUGGAUAAUGCAACAUUUGAAAAAUUGAUUAAGGAUAACUUGACUAAGUCCAACUACACGAGAGCAGAUAUAUGCAAGGAGCUGGGAAUCACCGAGCAAGAAUUGGAAACCAAGUUUCUCUCGGCUAACACACGGCACAUGGAGCAGUUCAAGCUACGUCAACGUGCGUUGCACGUCAUUCAGGAAUCCGGUCGCGUAGCAAAAUUCCGAAAGAUUUGCGAGGAACUCGCCGCAGGACCAAACAAGGAUGGUGCCAAGCAGCUGGGCGAGCUCAUGAGGCAAUCCCACGAGAGUCUGCGGGAGCUUUACGAAUGCUCCCAUCCAGAUGUAGAGCGUCUUAUAACCAUAUCCAACGAGCAGAAUGUCAGUGCUCGAGUCACAGGAGCUGGGUGGGGUGGUUGCAUAGUAGCAAUGUGCGAUUCCGUUGAAGCGGCUGACGAUUAUAUCAAGGCUUUAAAGCGUGAUUACUAUGCCCAGUUGCCAGCUCAUCUCCUGGAGCGUUAUCAGCCAAACAACUUCAGCGAAGUUGUCUUUGCCACUCUACCAGGAAACGGAGCCGAAUUAUUUAUACAGUAAAAGUUUCUCUAGCAUUUUAAUCCAAUCUGUAUACCAAAAGCAUCUGUCAGUCACUAUAAUCAUUUAUAGAGAAAUCAUUUAAUAUGUAUGUACAAUAUAUUAACAAUUUACAAGCUAAAA